AUGGCAAGCGAAGUCGCAGAUGAACUUCCCAAGACAUUCGGCCUGUGGAGUGGGCUCAGUAUCGGGUGGAAUACCAUCAAUGUAUUUGGUGGAAUGUCCUUCAUCCUUGUUGUUGGCCUUUCUGCAGGUGAUUUCGACGUAUAUUCACGAUGGCAGAACUUCUUGAUCUAUGUUGCAUUUGCCACCUGGGCCUGGCUCAUUAACAUAUUUGGCGUCAAACUAAUUCCAGGGCUUGAGCUGCUUGGAAGUCUCUCAACUGCUCUUGGGUUUAUUGCAUUUACUGUUGCAUUACUUGUCAUCUCACCCAAGGCAUCGACAGAGAGUGUUUUCAAAACUAUUAACAAUGAUACGGGGUACUCGUCCAAUUCAUUCGCUGUGUUUCUCGGACUAUAUAACAGCAUGACUACGCUUAUGGCCCUUGAUGGACCGACACAUUUAGCGGAAGAAUUGCCUUCUCCCAAAAUAAUCAUGCCACGGAUCCUGAUUAUUACAAUUGUUUCUCAGGCUGUCUUGGGAGUUGCAUGGAUUAUAGUGCUGGGGUUCUCAAUAGGGGAUCUUCAGUCCAUUAUCCAUACUUCCACGGGUGUGCCCGUGAUAGAACUUGUGAGACAGGCUACAAGAAACGAUGCAGCAGCUAUCAUUUUCUGUUUGAUACUGAUCAUCAACAAUGGUACCUCGGCAGUGGCUAGUGCGACUACUGUGAGUCGCCAGGGUUAUGCCUUUGCUCGAGAUGGAGGCUUGUUUUGGAACAAAAAACUUUGUGAAAUUUCUCCCAAGUUUCAGCUCCCGCUAUGGUCAAUCCACCUCCCUUAUUUAUUGACCGUCCUUAUCGGCCUAGUCUACUUGUUUUCCAGUGCCGCUUUCAAUGCCAUCGUUGGCAGCCAGGCGGUAUUCAUGAUUUCCAGUUGCGGGUCUCCUGCCCUGAUCAUGCUUCUGACGAGUCGAAGACUUCUCCCACAUAGCCCUCGGUGGGAUCUUGGUCGCUCCGCCUACCCCAUAUGCGUGGUUGCUGUCGGCUACACUCUUCUUGUACUCUCUAUUGCAUUUAUUCCACAAUCCUCCCCCGUGACCAGCCUUAACAUGAACUACACGGUCCUCAUUGUGGGUGUGUUCUUGAUAAUAAUGGCCUUGACUUGGAUUCUUGUGGGUAGAAAGGACUUCCAACCGCCCAGUAAGGACCCAGAGGUCUACAUUCUGGAUAGCCAGGAGCCAUCUGACAGCAACUGUACUGUCCAAAUAGUUGUUGAUGGCUCUCGAAACAAGGACCAGAAGAUGCUUUGA